AUGGCAGGAAGAAAAAUGAAAGAAAAAGAUAAGCAUAAAGAACAGCACAAUCUGAGCCCCCAACUGCCCAGAAUCCUCCCUGCCACCUUGAGCCAAUAUCCUGUUAAACAUGAGUCUGCAUCUUCUUCUUUUCCUAAACUUGAGCCUGCAUCUAUUACACCUUACCCUGGUCUGUCCCCUAUUCCCAUAAAUAAUAAAUUUAAUCCUUUAGGAUCUACCCUGAGCCAAACUAAACCUAACUACCAGUCUGCACUUACAUCCAGCUAUGAUCCUUAUCCUUUGCCCCCAAAUACAAGCCCUUUAUCUUCUUCUACAUUUCGACCUAAGUCUUCUCCUUAUGUAUCUAAAUGCACUACUAAUCUAUUUGUUCUUGAACCCCAUAUCACUGCAUCUAUGAGUCCUGCUGCAAUCGCUUUAAAUCAUUUUCCCCCUGUCACUGAGCUUAUUACUACAUUCUCUGCUCGAGUUAAGCUUCCUGAGCGUGAUCUAUUUUUUCCUACACCCUUGCUAUUCUGUACCCGUUACAAGAUUCCCUGGAUUAUGAAAUGGAAUUAUCAUGCAGAUUGGGAGAAGAGAUUCUUUUCCCGUCAUUUUUCUGUUAAAUGGUGGGAUCGUUUUGAGGUCCACCGUAUAUCUGAAUAUUUUUACAGAGAUUUUCCAGCACUACCUCCUAAGCCUGAGUCUAAGCCUAAGCCUUCUUCUUCUCAGUCUUCCCAAAUUUCUACUGAAGGAAAAUCUAAAGUUGAGCUAAGAGAUCUAGCUAAACAGUUACUUUUGCAAGCUGAAGAAAUGCAAGAUGAUGAUGAAGAUAAUGGAUCUGAGUCCUCCUCCAGCUGUCAGCCUCGGCCUCUGAGCCCUAGUCCUGAUCGCCCAAUGAGAUGGUCUAACUAUCCCCAUGGUCAAGACCCUAAUGAAGCCUAUUCUGCAUAUGAUCUGAAUUCAGACUAA